AGUCCGGACGGCGGCUGUGAUUGAGAGGCUGGGGCGUGGAGCAGCAGUGGCGGCGACCGGCGACAACGGAGCAGCCAUGAGGGCCGGGCCCAGUCACCGACAUGUGAGCCACUGCUUCAUGUUGUGCUGAUGCUGGUCUGCCAUGCUCGCCUGUCUGCCAGGGCCGGGUGACCUGUCCUUUCAGCUUCUUUCUCACACGCAGAUGAACACUGGACUUCAGAAAUUGUGAAGGUUCCCCAGCGGAAACACGUUCGUCGUACUGUGAACGGCCUCGACACAUCAGCCCAGCGCUACAGCCCCUACCCGACUCAGGCUGCCACCAAGGCAGGCCUGCUUGCCAUUGUCAAAGUGCCAGCCAAAAGCAUACUCAAGGACUUUGACGGCACCCGAGCUCGGUUCCUCCCUGAGGCCAUCAUGAACCCCCCAGUGGCACCCUAUGCUACUGUGGCACCCAGCACUUUAGCCCACCCGCAGGCCCAGGCUCUGGCCCGCCAGCAGGCCCUGCAGCAUGCACAGACCCUGGCCCGUGCCCCUCCCCAGACACUGCAACACCCUCAGGGUGUACCACCGCCACAGGCACUGUCUCACCCUCAGAGCCUCCAGCAGCCUCCGGGCCUGGGCCACCCUCAGCCGAUGGCCCAAACCCAGGGCUUGGUCCACCCUCAGGCCCUGACUCACCAGGGUCUCCAGCACCCUCCUAACCCCUUGCUGCAUGGAGGCCGGAAGAUGCCAGACUCAGAUGCACCCCCGAAUGUGACCGUGUCUACCUCAACUAUCCCCCUUUCAAUGGCGGCCACCCUGCAACACAGCCAGCCCCCGGACCUGAGCAGCAUUGUGCACCAGAUCAACCAGUUUUGCCAGACGAGGGCAGGCAUCAGCACUACCUCAGUGUGUGAGGGCCAGAUCGCCAAUCCCAGCCCUAUUAGUCGCAGUCUGCUCAUCAAUGCAAGCACCCGGGUGUCGACCCACAGCGUCCCCACACCAAUGCCUUCAUGUGUGGUCAAUCCCAUGGAGCACACCCAUGCGGCCACAGCCGCACUGCCUGCUGCAGGGCCUGUCAACCUGCCCACAGGCAUCUCUCGAGCCCCCACUGGCUACCCUAGCGACCUCAAGCCAGUUACCUGGAACCAGCACCAGCUGGCCCACCUACAACAGAUGUGCAGCGAGGCCGGUGGGACGCCAGCCCCUGGCCUGACGAGCAAACAUACAGCAGGACGUGAGUUGGCAGGGCCUGGUUUUGUGGGCAAGGCCCCUGCCUACCCGCAGGAACUCUGCCUGGCACAGUCCUUCCAUCUGAAGCCACCCCUGGAGAAGCCGACCCCAUCCCCACCAGUCAACGGCCUACCAGCCCCACUGGCCUACCCCAAUGGUCACUAUUUCCAACCCCUGUGGAACAACAUUCUACCAACUCCCAAUAGCGACAGCUCUGGGUCUCAAGACCUCGCCAUGCCGUUCCAUGGUGGGCAGCCCACAGGUGCACCCCUCGACUGUGGGGCAGCUCCUGGGGCCCACUACCGAGCAGGGACUGGGGGUGGUCCAGUAGCAAGCCAGAACAGCUUGAUGCAAACGGUGGAUUACCUGAGUGGGGAUUUCCAGCAGGCCUGCUUCCGAGAACAGAGCCUGGCCAUGUUGAGCAAGGCCCACCGAGCUCCUGGCGCUCGAGCCCCCGAUCCCACAGAUAGUCGAAGUCUUCAUAUUCAGCACCCAGGGUAUAGAUAGGGAGCCGUGAUGCUCUCCUCAGGCAACACACAUUGCCCUUCUAGGUUUAGUCUUACUUUUAAGUAACUGGAUAGUUUCAAUUCUUGACUGCUCCAGUGUGAUCAUUCUGAGAUGUCUAAGGAAGGGAACUUGGCGGGGUCAGUUUGGGGACAGAAGACGGUCCUUUAUCCUUCCCUCAGGCAACUCUUGGUUUCCUGUUAGAUCCUAACCCUGUCUUCUUAGCAGCUGCCUGUCAGGCAGUCUCCACCCUGACCACUUCUGACUCUUGCCAUCUUUUGCUAAACAACUAUUUCUUUUGGGACUGAGUUAGGACUGAGGGGAGUGGCCUAGGCCCUUAAGGUAGGCUUCUUGGUCUGGGACUAAGAAACCAGACUUCCUAAGUGCUCUGGAAGCUAAUUCCUUAUUUCCCCCAAAGAUGUCAAGUCAGAGUAAAGGCACUAAGCCUUCUCUCCCAGCCGCCCCGCCCUCGGCUUGGGGUUUCAUUUCUGUUGUUCCCAAGCCUCUGCUCUUGUCCUUGCCAAAGCCUUGCGACUCAGAGAAAACCAUUGCAUUGGCAUCCUGGUUCUUGACUCUCCUUGCAGAGAAAUGCAGUGGCCAUCUGGCAUUCCCAGGACCUCCUGUCACUGUUGCCUCUGUCCAAACUCAGCUAUUGUCCUCAAUCCUGCCUCCCCUCCCUCCUAAGAGAAACAAACCAGAAACUACCUUACUUGAAGAAUUAGUUAUAGGUAAAGGAUGAUCACACUAGAGUUUGGAAUUAAAAACACCAAAAAAGUUUGAAAAAAAAAGUUUAAAAAUGCAUUUGGUUCUCUACACUGGCUAAGAAUUAUUGGUCUACACUGUAAGUUCUAAUGUUGUGUCUCUGUAUGAAUGAGUGGUUUGAGGAGCAUUGUGUAUGAGUGCCCCACAGGUACAGACACCCUCUAAGUUUCGCAGCCCUUCAGUUUAAUGAAGAACAAAAGGAAAAACACAAAGCCUUAAGCCCCUUCAAUUCCUCCUCCACCAAACUCGUGUGGUUCCAACCGCUGCAGAGGGGCUUACAUUGGGAACGGCCCCUCUUGCCCCUCACCCAUUCAAGAGCAUCUUCCACCUGUUCCAGGACCAAUGUGGCUCAUUCCCAAGUGGCAAUUAGUUGCCUAGAAAUUCAACACUUCUCUGUAACGUUAGACUGUUUUGUUGUAAAUUCUUGCACCUGUCUUCUGUUGCACAGUUGGGCUUUGAAAGUAAUAGUACUAAGCCCUUGCCUUUCCUCACCUUGGGGGAAUGUGAGCUGAUAACUGAAGGUCUGGGGUUUAUUCUCACUGUUCCUUAGCCAGAAAUUCUGUAGUGAUCUGAAGCAAUGUGACUGAAGACCAGUUUUUAAAUUAUGUGUUGGCAAGUUGCCUUAUAUUUAAAAGAAGGAAAAAAAAAAGAAAAAGAAAAAUGCCUGUGUGUGGUAUGCCAAAUGAUAGCAACAUGAAGUCCUAAGUUAUUGUUUCCUUGCUGUCUGAACACUGGUAUCACUGUCCUGUCCCCGAGUCCCUCAGCUUCUGGUGCAAUGCCUCCUCCGGGAUAUUGGGGUAUUGGCCGUCUCACCCAGGCUCCUCCGCUAGCCGCUUAUUUGAAGAGCUCUACUCUCUCCUUUGACCUCCAACCUGACAUUGUAACCCCAAAUUCUCCUUCAUAGGGGGCUGCCACUGUAGGAAACUGGACCAAACACCGACUUGGGGGUUUUCACAUCUCACCCCCACCCCCACCCCCACCCUGCAUGGAAAUUGUACUGUGCUUCCCUUACCCUACAAAUGACUGCCCCCAACUUUGGUGUAAAAUGUUUCCCAGUUCAGCCUGAUUGUCCCUCACCCCAGCCAAUCCCCAACUAGCAAUAAGGGUCCAAGCAAUAAGGGCCUCAUAUCUACAUUCCUUGCCUCCAAAAUCCCAUGCCACCCCAAAGGAAAACCUGGAUUCCCCAACUCUCCACAUACUGUAGCAUCUGGUCUCCAUCUCUUCACCUUACCUGUGGUGGUUUAUGGGCAUAGUGGAUUUUUUUUUUUUUUUAAGAUUAUUAUAAAGCAGUAAAACAAACCAA